AUGAACUCCUCGAAACCAAUCGCUCGUCUCUACCUGAAUCAGGAGAUCGAUUUACAUGUGUUCUCAAUGCAAUCAGCAUUUAUGCCAGAAGAAGGACUUACUUUCAAGUUGAACGUUCAGUACUACAAGUGCGGCGGAUUAAUCGACAAACCGAACAGUGGUGUCAUUACUAGUCCGAACUUUGGCGGUGGUCAACCAUAUCUAAGGAAUUCGCACUGUCUUUGGAUGCUUGUCGCUCCGGAGGGGAUGAUUGUCAAGAUGACUAUAACUGAUAUGGAUGUCGAAUACAAUCCAGCUUGUGAUGCUGAUGUGCUAAUAGUAGGUGAAGGACCUGAUAAUGACGUAAUCCAUCGGUACUGUUCGCGAGAGCGACGUUACGGUAACGAGACAGAGGAAGAAAUGCUGAAAGAGCGAUUCAAGGUGAUCAAAUCGCGGUCGCGCUAUCUCACUCUAACCUGGAACACCGAUUUUAGUAAUGAAUAUCGUGGAUGGCGAAUUGACUACGAAUUUAUACCGGAUGGAGCAGAGUGCGGCUAUUCAACUCAUGCAAUGUCUGGUGUUAUCCAUUCACCUAAAUGGCCUAAGGAUUACGACAACGACGAGGAAUGCAUAUGGGAUAUACAGGUUCCCCUUGGCUACCAUAUCCAUCUGCAAUUCACCCACUUCGAUAUUGCACCUUCCGAAGAAUGUUCGAAGGAUUCGCUCAUAAUAUCACAAGAGCACUCUUCGCGUGCUUUUGCACCCGUGGGUGACUAUUUCUUCUUGUUCGAGGAUGAAGAAGCUCAUUCCCCAUUGUGUGGUAUCACCCUACCGAAACCUUUCCGCUCUGAAAGCAACAGAGUCAGGCUCAACUUCACUUCCGACGAGUCGACCACGGCAGCUGGUUUUCGAGCGGAAUGGAAAGCUGAGUGUGGCGCUGUGUUCCGCCUCAGUCAUGGUGUGAUCUCGUCUCCGAAUUAUCCAGACCACUAUCCCAAUGUGAAUGGACGCUGUGAAUAUAUGAUAGCUCUAGAAGGAGAAGCCGCAAAUGCAGUGAUUGCACUAAAACUGAUAGAUUUUGAUCUGUCAGAUGCGAAAAUGGAUUACUCCCGAUCACCUUGUGAAAGUGACUACCUGGAAAUUCGUGAUAUUAUUAAUAAUCGAGUGGUGAUGUCGUAUUGUGGAGGAGAUCCGUUAAACGAGGAACCAAUUGCAAUCAAGGGAUCUGUUGGGCUAAGCUUCGUCACAAACCAAUCUUAUGUUCAUGGCUCGAAGAAGCUACAACGAGGUUUCCAAAUUAGCUAUGCGAUUGAUAAAUGCGGUGGCACAAUUGAACUGAGUGAAGAUACCGGAUAUUUGUCAACGAUUUCUUCACCAGCAUUUCCACUGGAUUAUGCUCACAAUUUGGAUUGUGUUUGGAACGUUACAGCACCUGAAGAUCGUGUGAUUUCUGUAAAAUAUGAAGUCCUGGAACUGGAAGCAUCUAGUGAAUGUACCUUCGAUUCAAUUGAACUUAUCGAUGGUAUAAAUCUGAAUGGAACCAGUAUGGGAAAAGUUUGCGGAUCGAAAGAACAAAUGCCGAAAUCCCGACUGUAUACCAAAUCCAACAAUCUUCUCGUACAUUUUGUCACUGACCAUACGUUGAACGAAGGAAAGUUCAAGAUUGUCGUUACGGCUACCUUAGGAGAAAAAUCUGGCUGUGGAGGUACAUUGAAAGCGACAGGCGAUUGGUCCACCUUAAAACCACCACUCGAUGAGCAGGGGCAAUACAUUCAUAACCUUCACUGCGGUUGGAAUAUUAUCGGUGGCGACAAUACUAUACUCGAAUUACAAAUAACUAAACUGGACACGGAAGAAUUAAUUGCACCCCCAGGCGUGGUCUCGGAAAGUGGGACUCGUUGCGUGGAUGCGUUAACGAUCUAUGACGGCUACAAGUCAUUUUCACCACUUCUCGCAAAUGAUCUAUGUGAAGAUACUGUGGGUGCUAAGCUACCGUUGACGUACCACACGUCACACAAAGUGGCUCAUGUGUAUUUCGAGAGUGACCUUAGUGGCUCUGGAACUGGAUUUGAAAUCAAAUAUCGAUCUAUUAAACCCGACUGUGGUGAUUGGCUCGUUGCAAAAACUGAAUCGCAAUCAUACAGCUAUCAGAGUAAGCAGAAUAAAGACAAACAUGCGGGUCAAACAAAUCAGCGAUGUCAAUGGGUAAUACAAUCCAAAUCACAAACUCCUAUAUGGCUGCAUUUUAGUACCAUACACUUUCCUUCGAUCGACGGCGACUGUUCGGAUGCAUAUAUCGAGAUUCGUGAUGUUGGCUUAGUCUCGAAAUGUCAGCACCCUGCUUGUGCCAGAGAAAGUUCGGACAGAAAGACUUAUCGUAUAUGUGGUAACACACCAUUCCCACCAUACGUAUCAAAUACAAUGGCUGUACAGAUAACAACCUCCGCUAUCAUCAACGAUAAUGACAGUGCCCGGUUCACAAUGUCAUAUCGGCUACUAGACGGAUGCAACCGCACUGUAAUCACCCAAAAUGCUCCAUCAGGAAGAUUAACAAGUCCAAACUUCCCAAAUCCAUACGAUCAUAACUCAACAUGUACCACUCGUGUGGAAGCUCCACGGCAAAAACGAAUCCAACUAGUAUUCCGAAGCUUUGAUUUUGAACGAGGCCGCGUAAGCUUCUAUCGUGCAAAUGGCUCAAGACUUGCUCUGUAUAACUUCAGGCGACGAGUUUUUAUGAGAUCUUGUGAUUUCGACUUUUUAAAGAUAAAUGAGCCGGGAAGGAACUCUACUGGACCCGUGUGUGGACGCGGACUGCCAUCAACCUAUUUCACGUGGGGAAACAGUGUUGAAGUGUUUAUGAAAACUGACCAUAACAUGGCAACGGAAGGCUACGAUUUAAGUUACUUUACUGGGAGAUUGCACGACGAUGGUUCAAUUGACUUUGCACCUUCCAACGACUUGGAGGGAGCCAUUACAAACAUUGGAUAUCCUAAUGGAUACAACACCUCAACAAGAUCGUCAUGGACUAUAAUGCCUCCUAAUGGACAUAGUUGUGUUGUGGAUUUGAUUGUACUGGAAUUAGCAAAAACUCAACCGGACGUGGAUUGUCUCAGCCAAGAUGAGUACCUUGAGAUUGAGCAGUCUACUGGGAACGCUGAUCAUCCUGGAGGUGGAAAGGAUUCUGUUAGGGUGCGAUCCUGCUCCCAUAACACUCCCGUAUCUAUGGAGAUGGAACCAGCUGUGAAUCGUUUUGUGAAGAUCACAUUUAAAUCGGACGGCAGCACUGACAACGACGGUCGUGGAUUCCGUUUGACGUGGAAAUGCCUCAGCUACGAACAAAUUCAAGUUUAA